AUGUCUAUGAAGAAGCUAAAAAGCAGCGGUCUGCUGAGGUUAGAAAGUAAAAGCGUCGAUAAGACGGAGGCGAAUAACAAUUUCGUAAAGAAAAGUGCGAAUGUAAAAAUUGUGAGGAAGAAAACGGAUGGACAGGUUGAGAGGACCCUGACGGGCACCGUUCCUUUGCAGAAGGAGGGGGACAAGGUGGUGAAGCGGAAGGUCCUUAAGAAGGCGCAGGAGGGGGGUGCCACCGUUGCGGUGAACGUAAGCAGCAUAGGGAAUGGCGGCAGCACGGGGAAUGAUGGUAGCAUAGGGAACGACGGCAGCGCUGCUAACAUGGCAGAAUCAUCCACGCUGAAGGAGGAAAAAAAGAGUUACGUCGUUCGGAAGGCCGCCGCCAAGUUCAGUGCCAGGGCGGGGAAGACGAAUGAGGCUGCCCACAGAGACCCCCUUGGGGAUGAUGACGAGGGGAAUGGAGAGGAAAGUCCCAAAGGGAACCUCGAGUAUGACGAUGCUGGCAGCGGUAACGGAAAGGAUUACCAGGACAAUAAUAGCCAUGCUGGUGAUGAGGCCCCCCCUCCUCAUGCUGCGAAAAAAAUUGUGAAGAAGAAAAAACCCAUUGAGAGGGAACCAAACAGAAGCAACCCUAACGCAAAUGAUGCCAUCCCUGGAACGCAGUUUGAGCACCCAGGCAACCCCAACGGAAGGAGCGACAAAAGCGAUAAGGUGGAAGACGACUCGGAAAAUGAAAUCCUCAAUUCGAUUAUCUGCAAAAAUGACGAGUCCGCCUUAGCAGAAGCACCCAAGGAGGUGAAGAAAAAGAAAAAGAAAAUUAUUGUCCGGAAGAAGGUACCCAUAGGUGAGAAGCUAAAGGGUGCAGAGAAGGGUAACCAGUCCCCCGGGGUGCGAACCACUCCUGGGGCGCAAACUACCCCUGGGGGGUGGACGCCUCGCGUCGCCACGACGGUGACCACCAACGGCAACAGCGGUGGGAACAGUGGCGGCCAGCCGAACGAAUGCUGCGAACGAAUGGCGAACGAAAUAAAAAUGAGCGAAACGAAAAUCGCGCAAAUGCAACAGACGUACGAGGAAAAAAUGAGCAGCGUGGUAGAAGAAAACAAAAAGGAGAAAGACCAGCUGAACACGUACAUACAAAAUCUAAACGAAGAAAUGCACAACAUAAAUAAUAAGCUCAGUGACGAGGUGAAGGAAAAAAAUACGCUGAAAGAAAGUUAUCAAAAUUUGCGAAGCGACAAAUUAGAGCUCGAAGAAAAAGUGAACAUGUUAACAAGACAGAUGGAUGAGUCAAACGAAAUGUCCCUCCUCCUGAAUGCAAAGGUUGCCACUCUGGAGGAGGAAAAUAAAAUGCUACUAGAUAGGGACCAACAAAAUGACCUAAAGGUUGAGCAACUGCAAGGGGAGAAAAUCAAAAUGGAAAAAAAAAUGGAUGAACAGAAUCUUUUAAUAAAAAAAAAGGAUGAACUUAUAAACAAGUACAUGAGCGAAAUAGAGAAUUAUAAAAACGUGUUGAAGAGCAAAGGAGAAAUGAUGAUCCUUGGUAGCUCCACCACCAUCGAUAAGAGCGUGCCAGACAAAAACAGCCAAAAGGAACAGGUAGCCAAAUUGGUGAAGGAAAAAAAGGAACUCAUUUAUGCCUUCAAAAAACAGCUCGACUUGAUUGUAAUCCUCAAAAAGCAAAUUAGCCUUCUCGAAAGCAACAAAAUUGUCAACAUGACUUCGGGUGAGCUGAAGAAGGUGCUUCACGACUGACCGGGGGGGAAGCGGCGUGGCGAAGUGGUGUUGCGACGUCGCAUCGCACAUAUGACUGCUAGCGACGUGAAACAAUUA